GAAGCGAAGAAACAGGAACCGAAGAAGGAACAAGAGAAGGGGGAGUUGAAGAAGCAGCAGGAACAGAGAUUGAAGAAACAGCAGGAAAAGGCUGAGUCGAAGAGACAGCAGGAGCAGAAAGCGAAGAAACAAGGAAAGCAAGAACCAAAGCAACGGGAAAAAGAAGGUAAAGACCAGCACCAGGAGGAGUCGAAGAGCCAGCAGCAUAAAGAACAACAUGAAGAAGAAACGAAGAAGCCACAAACUGAUGAAGAUACGAAGAAAAGAGUCAAGGGUAAAGAAGACACAGCGUUGAGGGCACAGCAGCAAGAGGGUGCAGCAAAGAGUCAGCAUCUGGAAGAACUGGGCAAACAGGAGCUCGGAGAACCCAAGAAACGUCACCAGAAAAAGAAAGUUAAAGAUCAACAAGGUGAGGAGCUGCAGAAACAGAUCGAAGAAUCAAAGAAACAAGAAUCGAAGAAACAGGAAGAUUUGAAAUCAAAGCAACAGAAGGAAGAGGAACAACACCAGGAAUCCAGUAGACAGGAGCACAAAUUAAAAGAAGAUAAACCGGAAGCGAACCUGCAGCUGCAGAAAGAUGAAGAGGGUCAAAGUACGUCGCGCCAGGAGCCCGAUCAAGAGUCCCAAAAAACCCAGAGACAUUUUGUUCAGCAGGAAAGGGAGGAACGAGGACUCAGUCGCGAAGAGAGACUCCUUCGCUUGCAGUUGGAGGACCUGAAGGUGCACCUGACGGUGCAAGAGCAGACGAUGCAGAAGCAGGAGGAAGCAGUCCUGCGCCAAAUACACGAGAGACAGUACGAAGAGCAGCUAGAGAGUGGACAGUUGGAGCUGAUGCAGAUGUACCUGGAAGGUCGAAGGCCGGUUCCUGAGGAGGAGUCGCUGCAAGAACAACAACGACAAAUGGUAGACCGAAAGGAGUCGAAGAAGAGGAGGAAACAGGAGGAGGCCAAGAUUCGAGGGAAGGAACCCGAAUCGCAGAAGCAGGAACAGCAACUGCAGGAGCAGCCCCAAGAGCAAAGCGUUGCACCUGCGGGCGACGUGAGCGGUUUCUAUAUCAGAUUGGUCGUGAGGCAAGAGGGUCGUGCGAAUUUGGUUUGGCUCUUGAAAACGCACAUGUUCUAAACGUUCAUUUUCGCUGUCAUCUAUCCCACUUCGCUACUGUUAAUACCUGCAAACGAAUUUGUUAUUUCCAUGGCGGAAAAUUGUUCGAGAGAUAUAACGGUUUUGUUCUCGUUCACCGUGGCGUGUCGGUAGUCUUUCGAUUUCCAUACUAAGCGUAAGAUUGUCCGAGGUUGUGCCGUAGUUCGUAGAUGUUUAAGAUUGUUGCUAAUAAGGGCGAAUGCGCGUAGGUAAGAAAUGCUCACUAGUAGGGGAAUCGCGUUGAUGAUUCGAUAGGAAUCAGGAACGAAGGUUGUAAUUGUAAUUAAUUCUGCUAGUUUUGUUGGAUUGCUUUUGAGGGGUGCUCAUUUUUUGGCUAGAUUCCCGAGGUAAUUUUCACGAUUGUUUGAGCAGUUGAAGUACUUGAGAUAAAUUGUAAUUUGGUAUGUUUACAUGUGUAACGUUCUUUAAAAUUUUCAUCUGUUCUGCUCAAUUUGUUUACGAAUUACGUAAGAGGGUGUCAAGAAAUUAUGUGUAAAGACCAUUGCAAGCGGUUUCUAAACCUCUGGAUCGACGAAGACCUGUUUAAAAAGUUUGGUGCAACCAAUUGACCUUGGCCGUCAUUUUGAAGGUUACAUUUUUUUAUGGAUGCAUUGUGUUUUACUCAUCGAUUGUUAAACUUGUAGAAGGAACCAUGGGUUGGAAUUUAACCGUUAUCUUGGAAAAUUUGGUGCAAAAUUGACCUUGAC